AGUUCAUACUCUUUCACCAUUCUCAAUUUCGCACUGGACUUCAACUUAGUCUCUUCUAGAUUUGUGAGGCUCACAAAAUGUCUGUGUCUAUACGUCGGGUGCCCUUUGUAUGUCGGUGUUGCCUACAAGUCUCUCGCCAACCCAGAACAUUGCUACCAGCUCAAUAUUCAACGCAAGCUGGUGCACCCAAGACGGAGGAUCAACAACAAGACAAAACUGCAAAGGAAGCCGAACAAGAGAGUCAUGAAAAUAAUGUCGAGAAGGAGCUGGGACCCUUGGCUCGACGGCUGGAAGAAGCUACAGAGGAAGCCCUCUUUACCGGUGGAAGAGCCGGACGUAGGGCCGUUGAGGAUGCCGGUUUCUCGGAAGAGCUCAAGGAAAGACUGUUGAACAAAAUUGCAGAUGCAAAUUUCAAAUCUGAAAAUGCCAACGCCUUUGCCGCGGCCGGUCUCUCAUUGACAGCAGGCGAGGGAACACGGCACAUCGCCUCCACGCAGGCGUGGACUGGAGAAGAGGGCACUGCAGACACGGUACUUCGAAUGCUCGAUGAUGCAAAGAAACCUCUUGCCACAGGCCUAAGGGGCAAGUUCCAACCUUUUCCGGUUGAUAUGCGACUACAGAAGCAACCAAGGCGAUCAGCCGGAGAGAAAGUCGCCAAAGCGAGGGAUAAGGUGAACACCUACGUCGGAAUGGGUGGCCAACAAGCCAAAAAUGGUAUGAGUGAAGAUGAAAAAGAGGCUUGGAGAAAAGAGCUGAGGGAGAGGUUUGAGCCCGGAGCCCGAGCGUUACCAAACUCUAUCACGGGUCUCGCAGCACUGGCGAAUGAACGCAUCGAGAACGCUAUUGCGAGAGGACAGUUCAAGAAUAUCCCCCGCGGAAAGGGAAUUGAGCGUGACGCUCGCGCUGAUAACCCCUUCAUCGACACGACGGAGUAUAUCAUGAACAAAAUGAUUCAAAGACAGGAUAUUGUCCCACCCUGGAUUGAGAAACAACAGGAGGUUGCCAAAGAGCUAGGCAUCUUUAGAGCUCGACUACGGAACGACUGGCGACGCUUUGCUGCGAGGAUGAUCGCUUCACGGGGAGGAUCAUUACAAGAGCAGAUUCGAAGAGCAGAAGAAUACGCUGCAGCAGAAGAGGUGCACAACCCAAUUAUACGGAAGAACGCUGAUGGACAAGUGGAAGAGAUCAAGGCUGCCUCGCCGGUGGUUGGACGGCCAUUUCGAGAUUCAGCGUGGGAACAAACUGAAGCGGCAUAUCUCAAGCUGUCGAUUGAGCGUCUUAACGCCCUGACACGAAGCUAUAACCUGAUGGCGCCGGAUCUAGCAAAGAAGCCGUACUUUUCACUCGAGCGAGAACUCAAAGCGUGCUUUGCUGAAGUUGCGCCUACAGUGGCUCGAGAGAUUCAGGAGCGUGCGACGGGCGGAAAAGCCAGGAGUCUGGGAGGAGGGGGUCUAACGGGCAAACAGACGGGUUUAUUAGAGGCAUUGACUGGAGGGGGCGAUGUCAAGGUCCAUGUUGAAGCACAGGAGAAAGCAUAUGGGCUAAAGGAGUGGUGGAGAGACGUGUGGAAGAAGAAUUGAGGCCAGUAGUCAAACGAAGCAUGGCAUAUCGAUUGUCAUCAGUAGCAUUGUAUGUGAGAGCUGCAUCACCAUACCACACCACACCACACCACGCCACAUCAGUACUCAACAACUGCAACACAAACCUGACUCAUAACGUAAGAAAACCCAAACACUUGAUUCCCAUGCAAGUCGCCGCCUGUUCCCCAGAUGGCUGGUAGAUUUAUAGAUCAACUAUGGCCCCCGCACGAGCUAUCGUGAUCAGGUACAUAGUGGCUCAGAGCAGUCCCACCCUGGCAUGUGUAUGAGUUUCAAGAUCAACUGUGUUUCGCUAUAGGCUGGCCUGGACUUUGAAGUCUUGGCUUUAUCGGAUCAUAGCUGACUGGGAGAUCAUCAAGACUUGCAGUAUCAAUUGGGGUCAAGGAGUGUUUUCCUUUCGUAUUUUGGACCAACCCCCACCUCACGAAUUGAAGCUGGUAUAUAUGUAGGUUAGUAAUAGCUAUUGCUUGGCCUCAAAUGAUGAUUUGACGACACAAAUUUGGUGUCUUCCACGGCACUUCAACUAAUACCA